CGGGGAGCGCUGGGACGGCGCUGGGACGGCCCGGGAGAGCGAGAGGCUGCCACAGCAGCCUCCUCUUCCAGCCUACCUGCCUGCCAGCCUUCCCCUCCCACCCCGAUCGACUGGCAAACGUGGCCUGCCAUCGGAGGGCCACCGCCGGGCCCGGCACCUUCGCCGGCGCCUUCGGGCGGUCCGUUCCUCCGGCCCGCAGGCUCGCCUCUAGCGCCGGUCGGGGGGGGUCUAGCGCGACGGUCGGAAGGGGGUGGUGGUUCCCGGACCCCGCCCCCAUCCUCCCCGCGCUUCCCCCCAACCAGGCGCGAUCGCUCGGUAGCGAGACCGAGACGCCCGGUCCGUCCCGGUGGUCAUACCACGGCGGGCCUCGUCACAGAGGUGGUAGGCAAACCCAGAGUUUGCCCACCCCGCAAAGGCGACGGGGCCCUGUCCGGCAAGCACGGUUUCUCGAACCCUCACCCCGGUCCACAUCUGCGUCCGGAAAGCCUCGCCCUGGUCCACAGGGCUCAGUAGCCCCGAGCGAGCGAGCGCGCGCUCACACAGCGCCGCCGCCUGCCUGAGGGGCUACCUGGUUGAUCCUGCCAGUAGCAUAUGCUUGUCUCAAAGAUUAAGCCAUGCAGGUCUAAGUACACGCGGCCGGUACAGUGAAACUGCGAAUGGCUCAUUAAAAUGUAAAAAAUAGUUUGCACAUAAUUCACCAAUCUUCCACAAAAUCACAAAAUCUAUUGUAAAUAAAAUAUUAAUCCAUGUCUGUGCAGUGUUAUACUUUUAGAGCUGGCAAGGUUUACAGCAUUGAAGUGGUGGGACUGGUUGCACUCGUUGUUCUAUUGAAUAAAACAAAAAACCAGUACGUGUAUAAUUGAAACCUGAGUAACAUUGCAAAUCUAGGUGUUGCAGAGGCGGGUCUUCCCAGGGUUAUAAAGAGCAACGCAUCCAACAGCAUCUUCCUCUUACUUUCAACCUAGAAGGUUCGAACUGUGUCCUGGCAGAAUGAUUGGGGGCUCCCAUCCAUGUUUCAUUAUUGCUGAAAUUGGACAAAACCACCAGGGAGACAUUGAGAUUGCCAAGAAAAUGAUCAAGAUGGCAAAGGACUGUGGUGCUGACUGUGCCAAAUUCCAGAAAAGUGAAUUAGAGUACAAAUUCAGCAAGCGAGCCUUGGAGCGCCCCUACAAUUCAAAGCACUCCUGGGGGAAAACGUACGGUGACCACAAGCGUCACUUGGAGUUCAGUCAUGAUCAAUACAGAGAACUAAAAAAGUAUGCAGAGGACAUUGGUAUCUUUCUCACUGCCUCUGGUAUGGAUGAGAUGGCUGUGGAGUUUCUUCAUGAGCUGGAUGUGCCCUUCUUCAAAGUUGCGUCCUGUGAUGCAAACAACUUCCCAUAUCUGGAAAAAACAGCCAGAAAAGGGCGACCAAUGGUGGUAUCCACUGGGAUGCAGUCCAUGGAAACCAUACGCCGUGUCUACAAGACAGUAAAGGAGCACAACCAGAAAUUUACUCUCCUGCAGUGCACCAGUGCCUACCCUCUGGAUCCUAAAGAUGUCAACCUCAGUGUGAUCAGGAAAUACCAGGAGGAAUUUCCAGAUGUUCCAAUUGGAUAUUCUGGACAUGAGAAAGGGAUUUACAUCACUGUGGCUGCCGUGGCGAUGGGAGCAAAAGUUGUGGAACGCCAUGUGACCCUGAAUAAGACCUGGAAGGGAAAUGACCAUGAGGCAUCCCUGGAGCCCUCCGAGCUGGCAGAGCUGGUCCGAGCAAUACGACUGGUGGAAACAGCAAUGGGAUCACCAGACAAGCAAAUGUUACCAUGCGAGAAGACCUGCCAUGAUAAGUUGGGCAAGUCAGUCAUUGCUAAGGUGACAAUCACUAAAGGAACAGUGCUGAGCCUGGACAUGUUUGCAGUGAAGGUUGGUGAGCCAAAGGGUAUCCCUCCAGAGAACAUGCAGAACCUGGUGGGCAAGAAGAUCAAAGUGGAUGUCGAAGAAGAUGACAGCAUCUUGGCAGACAUGAUAGAAUAAAGGAUCUUCCCAAUUAUUGGGACAGAGAGGCAGGCAAAUAGAGAAGGAUAGAAAAUAUAUAUGAAGUGAGUAAGAUAGGCAGGUAGCUAGAAAAUGGACAGACAAUGAGAUAAUGUGUGAACAGUGAAAGGGAUAUGGUAAAUUAAAUGUGGGAUAAGAGAAAUAUGAAUAUUGUUGAACUUGAAAUGUAUGUCUGGAUGAAGUUAUAUGGCCUUUAUGUAAUUUGAAUAAAUGUAAUAAUAUAAAUGUAAACACUUUAGAAUAUAGAUGCAUAUUGAUAUUAGAUCAUGAUGCCAACUCUAUAUGCCUUCAUAGGCUAUUUUCUGAAUGCCACAGGCCAUAUUUUUCAUACUUCGCUAGUUUGAUGUCAUCUCUCCCUGCCUAUUUUUUCCAGGAUGCAAUCAUAACAAUAAAAGCUAUGGGUAGUUACACAGGAUGCUCAUAUGCAUGCAUUGCAUGUGUCAGGAAUAUUAUUGUGAAAUGAUCUGGGGGUUUUCAUAUAUAGCUUCUCUUAAUUUUCCAGGUGUCACAUGUGGGGCUAUAGCUGUAAUCAAAUGUUUCUGUAAUAUUAAUACUUCAAAUAAACAAGGCUUU